AUGUCUGAACCAAGCAGCACCCAAGUCAAAGCCGACAUCAAAAAGGCAUACGAUGAUAUCGCCCACACCUACCUCGACUGGACGCAGCCAUCCCAUGCGACCCGUCUCGCAUACCUCGGGAAUAUGCUCCAGUCCCUCGAGCCGAGCAGCAAAAGCAUCCUCGAGUUAGGCUGCGGUGCCGGCGUCCCAUGUACCCAGCUCCUUGCAUCACGCGGCUAUCAUGUUACCGCGAAUGAUAUAUCCGAGUCGCAGAUCGCACUGGCGCGAGAACGACUACCAUCCUCCGUGGACCUGUUGCAAGGGGAUAUGAUGGGGUUGGAAUUCGGUCAGCAGUUUGAUGCUGUAUUGGCGAUGUAUUCCAUCUUUCAUUUGCCGCGCGAUGAGCAGACCAUUAUUUUGUGUCGGAUUUUCGAGUGGUUGAAGCCCGGUGGGAGACUGCUGGCCAAUUUCCCCGAAACUGGAUUUGAGAGUGCUUCGAGUGAAUCUUGGUUGGGUGGGACGAAGGGGAAGAUGCAUUGGAGUGGGUGGGGGAGAAGUGAGACUAAACGUCUGUUGAUAGAAAUUGGGUUUGAGGUAGAUGUUGAUGAGAUCGUGGUUGACACCGAGGAGGAUGGUGGGGUUGCGAGGGAUGUUGCAUUCCAGUGGAUUUUGGCGACGAAGCGAGUACAGUAG